AUGGCCAAACUCAUCGUAGAAGUUCUUGACGCCAGUGAUCUAAUGCCCAAAGAUGGACAAGGGUCGGCAAGUCCCUAUGUAGAAGUAGAAUUCGAAGAGCAACGACAAAGAACACAAACAAAGCCAAAAGAUCUCAACCCACAAUGGAAUGAAAAGCUCGUCUUCAACAUCGACAAUCCAAGGGCUCUUCCCAACAAAACCGUCGACGUUUCUGUGUUCAACGAUCGGAAACAUGGCCACCGCAACAAGUUUCUCGGCCGGGUCAGAAUCUCCGGCGUCUCAGUCCCUUUCUCCGAGUCUGAAUCCAUGAUACAACGCUACCCACUUGACAAACGUGGCCCUUUUUCUAAUAUAAAAGGCGAUAUCUCUUUGAAAAUAUAUGCAACUCUUGGUCACUUCUAUUCUCCACCACAAGCACAACAUUUCAAUGGUGUGGAGACUAAAGAAAGUUUCGAAACUUUCGAGACUAAAGAAAGUUUCCAAACUUUCGAAACUAAAGAGACGACUCCAUUGCAAGAGUUCGAUACUAACAAGCUUGAAGAUGAGUACAGAGCUAGUGAAUACAAGAAGAAAAAGAAGAAGGAAAAAGAAGUAAGGACUUUUUACAGUGUUGGAAGUGGUGGUGGUGGUGGUCCUGCACCAGCACCAGCACCAUCUCUUCCAUCGGCGUUCAUGGCCAAACUCAUCGUAGAAGUUCUUGACGCCAGUGAUCUAAUGCCCAAAGAUGGACAAGGGUCGGCAAGUCCCUAUGUAGAAGUAGAAUUCGAAGAGCAACGACAAAGAACACAAACAAAGCCAAAAGAUCUCAACCCACAAUGGAAUGAAAAGCUCGUCUUCAACAUCGACAAUCCAAGGGCUCUUCCCAACAAAACCGUCGACGUUUCUGUGUUCAACGAUCGGAAACAUGGCCACCGCAACAAGUUUCUCGGCCGGGUCAGAAUCUCCGGCGUCUCAGUCCCUUUCUCCGAGUCUGAAUCCAUGAUACAACGCUACCCACUUGACAAACGUGGCCCUUUUUCUAAUAUAAAAGGCGAUAUCUCUUUGAAAAUAUAUGCAACUCUUGGUCACUUCUAUUCUCCACCACAAGCACAACAUUUCAAUGGUGUGGAGACUAAAGAAAGUUUCGAAACUUUCGAGACUAAAGAAAGUUUCCAAACUUUCGAAACUAAAGAGACGACUCCAUUGCAAGAGUUCGAUACUAACAAGCUUGAAGAUGAGUACAGAGCUAGUGAAUACAAGAAGAAAAAGAAGAAGGAAAAAGAAGUAAGGACUUUUUACAGUGUUGGAAGUGGUGGUGGUGGUGGUCCUGCACCAGCACCAGCACCAGCACCAGCUCCACCACCACCAGUACAAAAGCCGGUGACCUUCGAAGCCCGAAGUGAUUUCGCCAAAGCCGGUCCAGCCGGUCCGGGCACCGUUAUGCAUAUGCAAUUUCCCGGGCAGAGGCCGGAAUUUCAGUUGGUUGAGACAAGGCCGCCGGUGGCGGCCCGUAUGAGCUAUUGGCGGAGGGAAAAGACAGUAGGUACUUACGAUUUGGUGGAGCAAAUGCAUUAUUUGUAUGUGAAUGUUGUGAAGGCUAAAGAUCUUCCAGUAAUGGACAUAACAGGAAGUCUUGACCCUUAUGUUGAAGUGAAGCUUGGGAACUACAAAGGGGUGACUAAACACUUGGAGAAGAAUCAGAAUCCGAUUUGGAACAGCGUUUUUGCGUUCUCGAAAGAGCGAUUACAGUCGAAUUUGAUUGAAAUAACUGUGAAGGAUAAGGAUAUUGGGAAGGAUGAUUUUGUGGGGAGGGUUGUUUUUGAUAUAAUGGAAGUUCCUCUUCGUGUUCCGCCGGAUAGUCCUUUGGCUCCUCUGUGGUAUAAAUUGGAUAACAAGAAGGGAGAGAAGGUUCAAGGAGAAAUUAUGCUAGCAGUUUGGAUGGGAACACAGGCUGAUGAGGCCUUUCCUGAGGCAUGGCACUCUGAUGCUCACAACGUUAGCCAUCAAAGCCUUUACAAUACGAGAUCAAAUGUAUAUUUUUCACCCAAAUUGUACUACCUUAGAGUCCAGGUUAUCGCAGCUCAGGACCUCGUGGCCUCUGAUCAUACCCGACUACCUGAUACAUUUGUGAGGGUACAGAUUGGUCAUCAGGUCAGAGUCACUAGGCCUCAAAUGAAGCAAAUUAAUCCGGUUUGGAACGAGGAGCUCAUGUUUGUGGCAUCUGAGCCAUUUGAAGAGAUGAUAAUAAUCAGUGUUGAGGAUAGGACCGGACCUGGCAAGGAUGAAAUCAUCGGAAGAAUGAUCAUACCGGUUAGAGAGAUCCCUCAGAGAACCGAUUCCACCAAGCUACCCGACCCUUACUGGUUCAACCUCCACAGGCAUUCUGUGGAGGAACAAGUGGACAAGAAGAAAGAAGUGAAAUUCUCGAGCAAAAUUCACCUCCGGCUUUGUCUAGAUGCCGGUUAUCAUGUUCUCGAUGAGUCCACGCAUUUUAGCAGCGAUCUUCAGCCAUCAUCGAAACAUCUGAGGAAGCCCAGCAUUGGAAUUCUUAAGCUGGGAAUUUUGAGUGCCAAAAACCUGCUGCCAAUGAAAGGUAAAGAUGGUAGAACCACAGACGCUUACUGCGUAGCAAAGUAUGGGAACAAAUGGAUUCGAACAAGAACCCUUCUUGAUACUCUAGCCCCACGCUGGAACGAGCAGUAUACUUGGGAAGUUUAUGAUCCUUGUACUGUAAUCACCAUUGGCGUUUUCGACAAUUGCCACAUCAAUGGAAGCAGAGAGGACGCGAGAGAUCAGAGAAUCGGGAAGGUGAGAAUUCGGCUAUCAACUCUAGAAACUGAUCGAAUUUACACCCAUUACUAUCCAUUGCUAGUUCUUCAACAACCGUCUGGUUUGAGGAAACAUGGGGAGCUUCACUUGGCAUUGAGGUUCACUUGCACAGCUUGGGUUAACAUGGUGGCACAAUAUGGGAGGCCAAUUCUGCCCAAAAUGCAUUAUGCCCAACCGAUCCCGGUCAGGCACAUUGAUUGGCUUCGCCACCAGGCAAUGCAGAUAGUGGCAGCGAGGUUAGCCAGAGCAGAGCCACCACUCAGGCGAGAAACCGUGGAGUACAUGCUUGAUGUGGAUUACCACAUGUGGAGCCUGAGACGAAGUAAAGCCAAUUUCCAGCGCAUAAUGUCGCUUCUUUCUGGGUUUUCAGCCGUUUGUCGAUGGUUCAAUGGCAUCUGUCUCUGGAAAAACCCGCUUACAACAAUCCUCGUGCACGUAUUGUUCUUGAUUCUAGUCUGCUACCCUGAAUUGAUCCUGCCCACAAUUUUCCUCUACCUGUUUGUUAUUGGGUUGUGGAACUACAGGUUUAGGCCAAGGCACCCACCCCACAUGGACAUUAAGCUUUCUCAAGCUGGAAUGGUGCACCCCGAUGAGCUCGACGAGGAAUUCGAUACAUUCCCAACUUCCCGGCCAACAGAAAUCGUGAGGAUGAGGUACGAUCGGUUACGAUCCGUAGCAGGGAAGGUGCAGACAGUGAUCGGAGAUUUGGCAACUCAGGGCGAAAGAGCUCUAGCCAUAUUAAGCUGGAGGGACUCAAGGGCUACAGCCAUAUUCAUUGUCUUGGCACUAAUCUUUGCAGUUUUUCUAUACGUUACACCGUUCCAAGUCGUGGCUAUACUCAUCGGGCUGUACUUGCUGCGCCACCCUCGGUUCCGGUCCAGGUUGCCGUCAGUACCUGUCAACUUCUUCAAGAGAUUGCCAGCCAAGUCAGAUAUGCUGCUUCUCUGA